AUCCAACGGUACAAUUUUUUUUCUCUCAAAAUACUAUAAACUCAACUUGUCGAUGGAUGGGAUCAGUUAACGCCAAUGCAAGGUGAUUCACAUUGCCUUUGUUCUAGUGCUGACAUUGCCAUGCCAUUCGUGCCCUACCUGGUAAACAAACAUAAUUUGAAUUGUUUCCUUUUCCACUCCUAGAACGUUCGAUCCGAAAUUUAUUUAUAAUGUAUCCGCUAUAUACGAUUGGGACUCUGUUAAUCGGCGUGCUACUGCGUGGCCAUGUUACCGGAACCACUUUCGAGUCUGGAUGGUUUUUAGAUAUUCUGCCGUCAGGUGAACAGUCCCCGGAUAUGCAGUCGACCAUGAGAGAACUGGUUCCACAGUACUUACGUGACCUGUACGAAGACAUGCGUUACCAAGACGACGGGCUGGAUCCCACGUACCAGCAGACGAUAGAGAUGUAUCACCAUGGACAGACCAUCAGAAGUUUCCGAGUCAGAGACCAAAGAGCUGCCCAUGGUGUUUGGCGGAAUAUUCGGCGCGAGAUGAAAUUUAAUUUAAGCGGACUACACGGACAAGCCAAUAUUACUGCCGCAGAGUUUGUUCUUCCAGUGAAAAACUAUUCCAGGGUAUCACAACGGACACGAGUCUUCCACGAGCAUGUUCGACUGCCUAAGAUUCAUACAACUCACGGGGGCACUCGCUACGUAGUGUAUAACGUAUUGAGCACGUUCCAAGCAAAUCGAAGCAACGAGAACGUGUGGUUCCAGGUGGUGGCGGCCCACUUCCGCAAUACCCGCGACAACGUACUGGCGGACGCCUUCGAGCUAGAUGACGCCGUGCUAGUUGUGUAUGAGAACAUUGACCGCCACAGUCUGCUUAGAACGAGGCGCAGACGCCAAGUCUCGCAGGAGACGUACAGCAAUUCCUUCCUUUUCGACCUCCUCACCAGGAACGCUACUACGUUAGACCCCGACGCUGACGUCCCGACGGCGUUGCCCGAUUCGCCAGCAUGCGGACUGCGGCCUUGGAACAUCGAUUUGGCUACUCUGUCCUGGUUCUGGGUUCUCCAGCCCACGGAGUACAACGCCAACCAGUGUAGUGAUGGGGAAUGACGGACUUGACAGCUGUGGUGGCAGCACUCGUGACAGGUGCCAUCGGCGGGGCAGGGUAUGAUCACCUGAUAUCAUCACUGUUCUGAAAGUGCUUCAUGAAUGUAUGUCAUCACAACUAUACUUAUUCCAAUGAAUAAUUUCCGGUACUAAUUUUGAUUUAGUAGAAUAGUCUGGGAGUGGCAGUCCUCUGUGUGGCGAUGCAAGAAGGAUGAACUAUCCCGUAAAGGAUCUACUUCUGGAGUGGCUGUCUUCCUAUAGACAAGACACUAAAUAAGAGAUUCAUGAAACCAACUAUUAUUUUUUGCAAAUGCCCAUUCGGCUCUGCAUUUUGCAGAGGUACGAUUAAAGGGACAUUCCUGAGUUUGCUGCAAUUUUAAAGAUGUUAUCGAAUAACAGAGACUUUUUAACGAUUGUAAUUACAUAUCAAAUAUAUAUUUCUGCAUAAAAUAUUAGUGGCUGUAUAUUAAACGUGUUUCUGAUUGAUUCACAUUGAAAUUAGGAUACAGCUUAAGCGACAUUAUUGCAAAAUCGCUUGAUGGAUAAUUAACCUAUAACGAAGUAACUAACGACAGCUAAACUUUUGCGAACACGAUAUAUUUAUAUUAUUUUAAAAAUCAUUGUUUUCAAAUGCAGUAUCCUAACCGGACGCGGUAUAUAUUUAUCUGUCGCAUCGCACGCGUGCGGUUAGGAUGCGGCAAUUGAAAUCAAUGAUUUCUAAAAUAAUCGAUCGCUUCGCUCGCGGCCGGUUAGGAUACAGCUUUAGUUUUGCAACCCUACGGUUGAUCAACCGUAAUCAAUUCAUAGUCUCAAUUAGUGUACAAUGUUUUAUAAAAAUCCUACUUCUUUCUCAAUUUUCUUUUGCACAGUUCUUUACACUUUGUUUGUCUUGAAUUUUUAUAUUGAUGUUGAUUACCAUAG